AUGCCUGCUGCUGCUGCCUCCUCGGUUCCUGCUGUCUCCAGCAAGGAGACCGCUCAGUCUCUCUCUGUCCUUGACGACUUGCUCAAGAACCUCAACAUCUCCUCUACUCAGGAUGAGGUCAACGCCGCUACCGACAACAUUGCUCACCUCCUCAGCGGUCCUAUCCCUGAACAAGCCCUCCCCCUGAAGCUCGCCGAAGAUCUCAAGAAGCAGCUCUCUAAUAAGAAGGAUGCCAAUGCCCGCCAGCGCGCUUGCGACGCUAUCCGGGCCGUUGCUUCCCACGCCACCAUCGCCCCCGGUGUUGAGCCUCACCUCGUGACUCUCCUCCGCCCUGUCCUCGCUGCCGUUGGUGACAAGAUGACCAACGUCAAGGACGCCGCUCAGAGUGCCGCUAUUGCCAUUGUCAAGGGCAUCAACGGCAAUGCCGUCAAGGCCGUCAUUCCUCCUAUUCUCGAGUCCCUGGAGUCCGCCCAGAAGUGGACUGAGAAGCUGUGCGCUCUCGAGUGCCUCAACUCUCUCAUUGAGACCGCUCCCGCUCAGGUUUCUUACCGUGUCCCCGCCCUGAUUCCUGCUGUCUCCGAGGCUAUGUGGGAUACUAAGGCCGAGAUCAAGAAGGCCGCUUACUCCACCAUGGAGAAGGUCUGCGGUCUGAUCGUUAACAAGGAUAUCGAGCGUUUCAUUCCUGAACUCAUUAAGUGUAUCUCCAAGCCCGAGAACGUCCCCGAGACCGUUCACUUGCUCGGUGCCACCACCUUCGUUUCCGAUGUCACUGGACCUACCCUCGCUAUCAUGGUUCCCUUGCUUGACCGUGGUCUUGUCGAGCGUGAGACUGCCAUCAAGCGUAAGUCUGCUGUCAUCGUCGACAACAUGUGUAAGCUUGUCGAGGACCCUCAGAUCGUCGCUCCCUUCUUGCCCAAGUUGAUGCCUCGUCUUACCCACAACCUUGACACCCUGCCCGACCCUGAGGCUCGUGGCAAGACCGAACAGGCCUUGGCAACCCUCAGCCGUGUUGGUGACGUCAAGGAUGGCAAGAUUCCCGAGAUCUCCACCGCCGGUGACAUCUCCACUGUUGCUGGUAUCCUCAAGGAGAUCCUCUCCCCCAAGUUCGACGAACAGGUCAAGAAGUCCGAGGCCAUCAUCAACUACGUUGCUGCCAUUGCUGGUCAGCUCGUUGACGAGAAGGUUGGCGAGGUUGAGAGCUGGACCCAGAACGCUCUCCCCUACAUCACCGCCAUUGUCGGUGAGGAGGAGGCUAAGACUGUUGCUGAGACCCUCCGCAAGCGUGCUUCUCCUGAUGCCGCUGCUGAGGAUGCAGUCCUCUCCGACGAGGAGGAGGGUGAGGAUCUGUGCAACUGCACGUUCUCCCUGGCCUAUGGUGCCAAGAUCUUGCUGAACCAGACCCAUCUCCGCCUGAAGCGUGGUCAGCGUUACGGUCUCCUCGGUCCCAACGGUACUGGUAAGACCACUCUCAUGCGUGCUAUCAACAACGAGCAGCUUGAGGGUUUCCCCAAGAAGGAUGAGGUCAAGACUGUCUACGUUGAGCACGACUUGGAUUCUGCCGAUACUGAGCAAACCGUCAUUGGCUGGACCAUGAAGAAGCUCCGCGAGGUUGGCCUGGACCCCAAGCAGGAGGAGGUCGAAGCCAAGCUCGAGGAGUUCGGUUUCCUCCGUGAGCAGCUCAACGGCCCCAUUACCGCCCUUUCUGGUGGUUGGAAGAUGAAGCUGGCCCUUGCCCGUGCUGUCUUCGAGAAGCCUGAUAUCCUUCUCCUGGAUGAGCCUACCAACCACUUGGACGUCAAGAACGUUGCCUGGUUGGAGAACUACCUUUGCACGUCCCCUUGCACUUCCAUCAUUGUCUCUCACGACAGCAAGUUCUUGGACAACGUUAUCCAGCACGUCAUUCACUACGAGCGUAACUUCAAGCUUAAGCGUUACCGUGGUACCCUGAGCGAGUUCGUGAAGAAGGUUCCUUCCGCCCGCUCUUACUACGAGCUGGGUGCUUCCGACAUGGAAUUCAAGUUCCCCGAGCCCGGUUUCCUGGAGGGUGUCAAGACCAAGGCCAAGGCUAUCAUCCGUGUCUCCAACAUGUCCUUCCAGUACCCUGGCACUCCUCGUCCCCAGAUUUCCGAUAUUUCCUUCCAGGUGUCUUUGGGAUCCCGUAUUGCUGUCAUCGGUCCCAACGGUGCCGGUAAGUCUACACUGGUCAACGUUUUGACCGGUGAGUUGAUCCCUACCACCGGUGAUGUCUACCAGCACGAGAACAUCCGUAUCGCCUACAUCAAGCAGCACGCUUUCGCCCACAUUGAUAACCACCUCGACAGCACUCCCUCCGAGUACAUCCAGUGGCGUUUCCAGACCGGUGAGGACCGUGAAACCAUGGACCGUGCCAACAAGAUUGUCACCGAUGAGGACGAGAAGGCCAUGGACAAGAUCUACAAGAUCGACGGUACCCCCCGUAGGGUCAUUGGUAUCCACUCCCGUCGUAAGUUCAAGAACACUUACGAGUACGAGUGUUCCUUCCUGCUGGGUGACAACAUCGGCAUGAAGAGCGAGAAGUGGACUCCCAUGAUGACCAGCGACAACGCCUGGAUUCCCCGUAACGAGAUCAUCCAGUCCCACGCCAAGAUGGUUGCCGAGGUUGACCAGAAGGAGGCCCUUGCCAGCGGUCAGUUCCGUCCUCUGGUCCGCAAGGAGAUCGAAGAGCACUGCGCCCAGUUCGGUCUCGAUGCUGAGCUUGUUUCCCACUCCCGUAUGCGCGGUCUCUCCGGUGGUCAGCGUGUCAAGGUUGUCCUUGCCGCCUGCUCUUGGCAGCGUCCUCACGUCAUCGUCCUGGACGAGCCCACCAACUACCUGGACCGUGACUCCCUGGGUGCCCUUUCCAAGGCUAUCAAGACCUUCGAGGGUGGUGUUGUCAUCAUUACUCACUCCCGUGAGUUCACUGAGAACCUCACUGAGGAAGUCUGGGCUGUUGUUGACGGAAAGAUGACUCCUUCCGGCCACAACUGGGUCCAGGGUCAGGGUUCUGGUCCUCGUCUCACCGAGAAGACCAACGAGGAGGACACUUUCGAUGCUAUGGGCAACAAGAUUGAAGCCCCUAAGAAGGCAAAGAAGCUUACUUCAAGUGAGCAGCGCAAGAAGAAGAAGGAGCGUAUGGCUAGGAAGAAGCGUGGUGAGGAAGUCUUCUCUGAUGAGGAUGAUUUCUAA